AAUAUUUGUGUGUUAAAUAACUACUAUUCGCCAACAAGAAGCAUAAGUCUCUUUUCCGUGAUGACGACGUGCGUAUCGGGCAUCAUCGCCGGCGAUCCCCCUCAUCGCCGCCGGUAGCAGCAAUCCCCGGAGCCAUGGAACCGUAAUUCCGAUACGGAAAAAGUCUCUUCCCGUUCCCAUCGUUUACGUCCUCCCACGGUCGUUUCCACGUUCCGUUGAAUUCCUCCCCACCCCUUGACGGAAAAAUCAAAAGUAAAAGCACGCACGAACGCACGCGAAUCGGAUACAAAACAGGGACAUCGAGUUUACAAUAACUUGCAGAAUUGGGCAAGCGUUUUUGUUUGUGUUUCAAUGGGAAUGAAGAAGGUAGCGUCGGGUGUGACGAUGGAUCACGUGCUGCUGGCGUCGCAGGAGACGAAGGAGGCACGUGAGGCUCGGAUUCGGAGCCUCUUCGAUUUCUUCGACAGAGAGAAUCUCGGGUUCUUGGACUACUCUCACAUUGAGGCCGGUCUCUCGGCGCUCCAGAUUCCGGCUGAGUAUAAGUACGCGAAGGAUUUGCUGAACGCCUGCGAUGCCAACAAGGAUGGGAGAGUGGAUUUCCAGGAGUUCAGGAAGUACAUGGACGACAAGGAACUGGAGCUUUACCGCAUUUUUCAGGCCAUCGAUGUCGCGCACAAUGGCUGCAUUUUGCCCGAGGAGCUCUGGGAGGCGCUUGUUAGAGCAGGUAUUAAGAUUGAUGACGAGGAACUCGCUCGUUUUGUUGAGCGUGUUGAUAAGGAUAAUAAUGGUGUUAUAACAUUUCAAGAAUGGAGGGAUUUUCUGCUGCUUUACCCUCAUGAAGCAACCAUAGAGAACAUUUACCAUUAUUUGGAGCGGAUGUGUAUGGUUGAUAUCGGGGAGCAGACUGUUAUUCCAGCAGGCAUUGGUAAGCACAUUCAUGCAAGCAGGUAUCUGAUUGCAGGGGGAGUAGCAGGUGCAGCAUCACGCACAGCAACUGCACCCCUUGACCGUCUAAAGGUUGUAUUGCAAGUCCAAACAACGCGAGCUCAAAUAAUGCCUGCAAUAAAAGAUAUAUGGAAGGAGGGUGGUUUGUUAGGAUUUUUUCGAGGCAAUGGCUUAAAUGUUCUUAAGGUGGCCCCUGAGAGUGCCAUUAGAUUUUAUAGCUAUGAGAUGCUGAAGACCUUCAUUGUGCGUGCCAAAGGGGAAGAGGCAAAGGCUGCUGAUAUUGGAGCUAUGGGGCGGCUACUAGCUGGUGGUAUUGCUGGUGCUGUAGCUCAAACUGCAAUAUAUCCCAUGGAUCUUGUUAAAACACGACUACAAACCUAUGCUUGUAAAAGUGGAAGAAUUCCUAGCCUUGGAACCCUUUCAAAAGAUAUAUGGGUUCAGGAAGGACCCCGGGCAUUUUAUAGGGGAUUGAUUCCUUCUCUUCUUGGGAUUAUCCCUUAUGCUGGCAUAGAUCUUGCUGCGUAUGAAACCUUGAAGGAUAUGUCCAAGCAAUAUAUUCUUCAUGAUGGAGAACCUGGCCCUCUAGUACAAUUAGGAUGUGGGACUGUAUCUGGAGCUCUUGGAGCAACAUGUGUUUACCCACUGCAGGUGGUUAGAACAAGGCUCAACGCUCAUACAAGGGAAUGGCUGAUGUAUUCAGGAAAACCCUUGAACAUGAAGGCUUGAGGGGAUUCUACAAAGGAAUAUUUCCUAACUUGCUCAAAGUUGUACCGUCAGCAAGCAUCACCUACAUGGUUUAUGAGUCUAUGAAAAAAAAUUUGGAUUUGGAGUGAAGAAAUUUACUGCUUGGUAAUUAAUCUUAUUGACAUGGCUGACCGUUGGCAACUAUACAUUGGGAAUGGUUUUUCAGUGAAGACAUUGAUGACAAGAAUAAAAGUCUACAAAUACAAUUGAUUAUUGUGACAAUUGUCUAAAUUCAUUCUUAUUAAAAUAGUAUUAAAUUCUUCAAAAUUCUUGAGAGGACAAAAUUGGUUUGUCCCGCAUUGUGCUUCAUUAAACUAACAUGAAGCUUCAUACCAAUUAGCUGAAUUUUUGUAUGAUAGAGAAGCACACUAUAUACUCAGUUAGGAUCCGAUUUUGUAAUUGUAAUUUGUAAUAUUUAGUGGCUCAGAUUAAUCGUCUUACUCUUAAAAUUAAUAAUUCCAUAUUUAGUGGCUCA